GUCAAUCUCUUUAUCACACACACACAUAAAUACAUUUAUUCAAAAAAAAAAAAAAAAGACAACCUUUGAGAGCCACAAAAAUUGGAUAAGAGCAAAAUCCCAAAACUCCAUUCACAACAAAAUCACAACCAACCAUUACCAAAGCCUUCAAAAUCCAAUCCAAAUAAUCCCAAAAAUUAGCAAAAAGAUCAAAUUUUUAUGACCCAUUAACAUGGCCACUCUAUUCUCUCCCUCAGCCCUUUUCUCUAACACCACCACCACCACCACUCCAACCACCGCAAGACCACCUCAAACUCCACCGGCAGCCAAAACCCACCUCCCAUUCUCCUCCACCAAGUCCCCAAUCACCACCUUAGCUUCCACUUUAGCCGCAACCGCCGCCGCCGCGGUUCUCAUUUCCUCUGCCCCACUCCCUUCACUAGCUGACCCUUCUUUUCAAAUAUACUACGGCACGGCAGCCAGCGCCGCCAACUACGGCGGCUACGGUGGAAAUUCCAACAAGCAAGACUCGGCUGAGUAUGUCUAUGAUGUGCCUCAGGGAUGGAAAGAGCGAUUAGUAUCAAAAGUCGAAAAGGGUACAAAUGGGACAGACAGUGAGUUUUAUAACCCAAAGAAGAGAUCAGAGAAAGAGUACUUGACAUUCCUAUCUGGGUUUAGGCAAUUAGCACCAAAAGAUGUGGUCUUGAACAAUUUGGCAUUGUCUGAUGUGGAUUUGCAGGACUUAAUAGCCAGUGCAGAUAAGGUUUCAUCUGAGGAGAAGAAAGAUGAAAAGGGUCAGCUUUAUUACAAUUAUGAGAUCGAUGGUGUUGCUGCACAUAGCUUAAUCUCAGUUACUUGUGCUAAUAACAAGCUUUAUGCUCAUUUUGUUAAUGCUCCAACUGCAGAGUGGAAUAAAGAUAGUGACAUGUUGAAACAUGUUCAUGAGUCUUUUAAAACUGUUAACUCUUCUUGAGUUUGAUUGGUAAAUCUUUUCUUCUUCUUUUUUUGGGGGGAAAUUUUUGUCUUUGAGGGCAUCAUUCAAGGUCUCAUUCUUGUACUUGGUCUCUUUUACUUGUUGCUGAUAUGAGGUUGUGAGAACAACAUAAUAUUUGUCAUUGUUGAGAGGUCAUGAAAUAUGUCAGAAGUAAAAUUAUUGUUAUACAUGUAAAUGUAGGAAUGAAGUGUAUUGGGAUAGACAUGUUUGUGAAUUGUGACAUUGAGUUUCAUUGUUCUUGCCAAA